GAUAGCCAAGCAAUUUUACUUCCCACUUUGUGUGUGCUCCCUUUGUCGACUGUUUGUCUUUACCAUCUCCCAUUAUGCUCGGCCUAGUGAUAGUCGCCUUUGCGUUAAUCAGGUGUGUGUUUAUGAUAGAGACAGUAGAUAACGCCGCUAUUGGAACCGACAACAUAUCGGCCGUCCUUGACGACCUACUGGUUGACUACGACAAGAAACUCCGGCCCGGAUUUGGAGGCGAUCCUCUGGAGGUCCAGAUAGACAUAUUGCUUCGCUCUAUGGGUCCGAUAUCCGAGAGAGAUAUGGUGUACACAAUGGAUAUCUACUUCCGGCAAAGAUGGAUGGAUGAACGCCUUGCAACGAAUACCUCGAUUGAGAAUAUAUCAGUCAGUAUCAAACUGCUGGAGAAGAUCUGGUACCCCGAUACUGUGUUCUUCAACGGGAGGAAGUCUUCUCUCCACCUUAUUCCCACCCCAAACAGGUUCAUACGGAUAGGCAAUAACGGGUCAAUGUAUCUGUCACAAAGAUUGACGGUGCGAGCGAUAUGUCAGAUGAAGCUGCAGAAUUAUCCCCUGGAUUUCCAGAUCUGUCCAUUACACAUAGGAAGUUUUGCCUAUUCGACAAAGGACGUGAUAUACGUGUGGCGGUACGGGGCAGCAGCCUCGGUCGAGCUGGCGGCGGAUAUGACCCUAUCGCAGUUUGACCUCACCAACCAUUCAGCCUCCUACUCCACCACUUUCAGAAAAGGAAUGGAGCUGUCCAUGUUGUCCGUCCACUUCGGCCUGAAACGUCACUCGGGGUACUUCCUUAUCCACGUUGUAGUGCCCUGUAUCCUGCUGGUCAUCUUGUCCUGGGUCAGUUUCUGGAUCAACAGGGAAGCCACGGCUGACCGUAUAGCGUUAGGUACAACAACAGUGCUGACCAUGACCUUUCUGGCUCUGGAGAACAGAAAUGACCUCCCACGUGUAUCGUACGCCACUGCCCUGGAUGUUUACGUCGCCAUGUGCUUUCUCUUCGUUCUCUCUACCAUUGUUCAAUUCGCCGUCGUUCAUCACUUCACGAAAAGAGGUCACGGUGACCUAGAUCAUUCCGGACAGAAGCAGGAGCCUAAUAAGCCGAACACUGUUUUGCAGGUUUUCCAGAGGAAGCCAGCCAUUGGAAGAGUACGGUUUCGGAGACAGAACGGAACUUCAACAACAUCUUCAAGAAUUUUUGUAUCCCGGGCUGGUGACAGUCGGUUUGGGGUGUGGCUGUCCAGUCUACGCUUCCGUCGUCAGGCUAGAAAGUCCACCCCAGAACCCAACAGUGUUAGUAAGGUGGAUAAAAUAUCACGACUUAUGUUUCCAGUUGUUUUUAUUAUCUUAAAUUUAGCGUAUUGGGUGGUAUUCCUGCCAUAGCAAGGGCUGAUUAAUUCGUGUAAGGUAAAUUAUAUUGUUUUGUAUCCGGAUUAUCGAAACUCUUCUGUAAAUUGUGAAUCCGCAUUACCGAUACACUGCUGUAAUGUUGCGUCCGGAUAAACGAGGCUCUGCUGUACAUGUUUUUUCCGGAUAAACAAGACAAUGAUAUACAAAUUGUGGUUUCGGAUUAACGGUAUUCUGUGCUAAAAUUGUGUCCGUUUAAACGCAAUGCUAUUUAAGCCGUGUGCGGAUUACUGGAAUACUGCUGUAAUUUUGUGCCCGGAUUAUUAAAUUUGCCGCACAUGUUGUGUCUGGAUUAACAAGAUUUAGCUUAACAUGUGUCCGGAUGAACAAAGUUUUAUUUAUUAUGUAACCGGAUUAAUAAGACUGCGCUGUUUAUUAUGUAACCGGAUCAAUAAGACUGCGCUGUACAUGUAGCGUCCGGAUUAUCGAAGCCCUGCUGUACAUGUUGUGUAUGGAUUAACACAUAUCGUGUUAAGAUUAGAGAGGUCUCGCUGUACAUGUGGUGUAUGGAUUAACACAUAUCGUGUUAAGAUUAGAGAGGUCUCGCUGUACAUGUGGUGUAUGGAUUAACACAUAUCGUGUUAAGAUUAGAGAGGUCUCGCUGUACAUGUGGUGUAUGGAUUAACACAUAUCGUGUUAAGAUUAGAGAGGUCUCGCUGUACAUGUGGUGUAUGGAUUAACACAUAUCGUGUUAAGAUUAGAGAGGUCUCGCUGUACAUGUGGUGUAUGGAUUAACACAUAUCGUGUUAAGAUUAGAGAGGUCUCGCUGUACAUGUGGUGUAUGGAUUAACACAUAUCGUGUUAAGAUUAGAGAGGUCUCGCUGUACAUGUGGUGUCGUAAUUAACGAGGCUAUGUUGUUUUUAAUGUGUGCGGUUUACCGUUGUUCUGCUGUAAUGGUUUGUCCUGAUAGCCGGGACUCGUACGUUUUGUCCGGAUUAACGUGGCUUUGCUGAACAUGCUCUUUUCGGAUUAACGAUGAUUUGCUGUACAAGUUGUGUACGGAUUAUCGAGGUUUCGCUAUAUAUGGUGUACACAUAUUAUCAAGAUACCUCUAUCAUUUUGUGUUCGGAUAAACGACGCUCUGCUGCACGUGUUGUGUUUGGAUUACCGAGGUACUUUCGUACGUGUCCGGUCUGGAUAAACGAGGUUCUACUAUAAAUUGUGUACCUCUUGUCUCUCCUCAGAAAAGGAUCGAAUGCGUUUCCUUUCCUGCCAUUUUGAAAAUGAAUUAAAACAAUUUGGUUUUUGCGAGCAGUAUACAGUUACAAUGUACAAAGUACUCAGCGGAGUAGGAAACCCAAACACUACCUUCAGCUGAGAUAAAUUGAUUGUUGUAUUGCCAUUAUGUUCAAUUUGGUAUCAAUUUAUUCAUUGAAGUGACACUUGUAGAAAACAGAAGCUUCUCGGACGGUCUCACGUCAAACCAGUUUGGUCCAGACGAUGUAACAAAACGUUUAUUGUUUUCGAACUGCCACCAAAUUGUCGUACAAUUUGACGUUGUAACGCUCUUUUCAGCCGUUCCCCUCUGAACCUGUGACAGCCUAGGCAUAAUAACAUGCGUAUAUAGGUGAUAUUUGUAUGAUCAUUCAGUUGUCAAGGGGUGACAGGAGAAUAACGUUUCCGUCUAGUCACUAUUUUGAUUCAUAAAACUAUUUAUGAAAACGUACGACGGGCACCUGGACCAUCAUAGAAUCUUCGUUGUUUUAAUAUACGUACUUGAGGUUGACAGGCAAACAUUUUAUUGGUUAAAGCGACAACGCAAUUAUAGUCACACUGUGUGUUUGGUUGUGAGGCGACCAGUAUUGUCACACUGUUGGUUUGGUAGUGCGGUUACCUUUUUUUACAUGUACGUAAAUGAUGUUGAGAUUGUUAUAUUGUAUGUUGGGAAAUGAUAUAACAAAUGUUGUGAUACUGUAUGAGACUAUCUGCAAGAUAAAUUGAUGUAAGAGGUUUUCAAAAUACCUCGAGAUUAUGAUGAAACGUCGUCUACUUAGCAAACAUUCAAGAAAAUAAUAUUUGCAAUUUAUGGAUAUUGUUUUUGUUA